AUGGGCGACGUCGCUCAAGCCGCGCCGGAAGCGGCUUCCGGUCCAUCAGAGGAGAUUGGCUGGCUUGGCUCAGCCACCCAGCAUGUCGUGAGGCUCCGGCUACAGGCGCCACGGGCGCCACCCUUUUGGGGCGUGAAGGGAAGCACAGGGGCACGGCAAAGCAUGGCAGAUGGCUACAGGCAAUGGCGCGGUCGGGUGCCCAGCCCAGCGCCCUUCGGAGUCUCACACAUCAAAGGAAUACAACGACCACGAUAUUUGGAAUCUCGGUGUGAGAAACAUGUCGUGGACCAUCCCCACCUGGGUUUGAGCCUGAAGAAGGAUCAGGUCUACAGUCAUGAGGAGCUGGUGCAGAAAUGUCGCAGGAACAAGGCCAAGCUGAGGUUGCUGGAGCAGACGUUGACGAGGACCAAAGUCUUCCAACCCGUCACCGAAGAGGAGGCCGCAAAGGAGCAGAAGGCGCCUGCGGAGGAGCCUGCGAAGAAGGAGCCUGCGAAGAAGGUGGGUCGGUCAAGGGUUGCUGCCAAAGCUGCCCCCGCUGCGCCCGCUGCGGCUGCGCCCGCUGCGCCUGCCGCUGAGGAGCCACAGUUCUUCAAGGUGGUGGGACAUCCCAACCUCGGGUUGAAACUGAAACAGGGCGAGGUCUACAGCCAUCAAGAUUUGAUCGAACGCUGUGGAGGAAAGAAGGGGAAGCUAAAGAACCUGGAGCAGAAACUGAAAAAGCCCACGGUUUUCCAACCAGUGGCUGAACCCCAAACGGCUGAGGCUAAGACUGUCGAGGCGGCCGAGGCGACACCCGAACCCAAAGCCAAGGCCAAAGCCAAGAGGAAAGCCAAGGCCAAAGCCAAGGCUGCAGAGCCUGAGCCUGCGGAAGCAACCGCUGAGGCAGCGCCUGAACCCAAAGCCAAGGCUAAGGGCAAGGCCAAAGCCAAGGCAGCACCUGAAGCCAAGGCGAAGGCAGAUGCCAAGGCAGAUGCGAAAGGAAAAGCAGGCCCAAGGAAACGGCAGAAGGUGACGCCAGAGGCAGCACAGGAAUCUCGAUGGCAGGAUAGCCAAGGAUUGGUUGACCGGUUGACCGUUGCACAGCAGACGUGUGAUACGAAUGACGAAGGCAUGGCCUGGCCACCUUCGGGGAUUGAUUACAACCUCAAGAACUACGACAAGUAUCAUCACCUGAUCCAGUAUGCCACUCCUGGUGAGGCCAAAGACAUCAAGAUCUGCCGCUGCUGGCAAUCCAAGAAAUUCCCGUACUGUGAUGGUAGUCAUAAGGCUCUUAACGAGGCAGGAGACGUCGUUGGCCCAUUCGUGGUGAAGGUCAACGCGAAACCCGCCACGACAAAUGUGGCGUCCAACUAUCUCCAAGCUCGUUCUCAGAUUCCACGCACCGCGGCGUUUUUCGCCAUGGGCUUUGCAACGGCAGGGCGUCCUAAGCGGUGUGUAGUGGGCUUGGCUUGUGCGGUGGGGCUCGGAUAUGUCAAGGGAUUCCGAGUUCAUGGCAAGGUAGGCCUUCCCUCGAGUGACCAUCCCAGCCCAGCUUAG